UCCAGAAGUGGGGAGGCCGGCCCCCGGAGAACCGCAGCCCGUGCGAUGCAUUCCGUAGACCUCACCCAGCUGGGACGGACCUCCUAAUCUCCAGAACCGCGGGCCACAGGGAGUUGAAUUGCUGCCUUCCUCUCUUCUCUGACGCGGUUGGUGGCUCGUUUUCUAAAGGAACGUUUUAUUCACUUUUUAGUAUUUUCUUUUCUUUUCUUUUUUCUUUCUUUUUUUUCUUUUUUAAACCGGGGACACGCUUCUCUCCUCGGUCCAGACUCUGCUUUGUAAACGGGUUUUCUAUGUAUGUAUGUGUAGGCAUACUUUGGACACCUUACAACGCUUGCGCCUCUCCAACCGGGGCACGGCUUGUUAUUUUGGACAUCUUUUCCCCCUUUCCAUCCUGUACCCUGAACGCAGUGUGACCAAACUCCUCACUGUCCGUUGGACGUGGAUCGCCUUGGGGGUGCAAGUUUGGGGUGCAAACGUCUACUUCGUGAGAAGGCCUGGGACCGCCCCGCCCCCCGACGCCGGGGGUUGAGGAAGUUUACAUCUGGAUUUUCACACGUUUUGUUGCCACUGCCCAGACUCCGACUAACCUUGUGGGCUCCAGGUUUUCGAUACUGCAACCUCCUCAAAUAUUAGCACUGCCUCCUCGCGCCUGCCCUAUCCCUCCAGGCCCCCCCGAGGUCCUUCCCUCAUCCAGGCGGAGCGGAGUACGAACCCGAGGGCUCAGUGGAGCCCGGGGCCUCGGGCCCGCACUGAGCAGCUAUGGCUGCAGCGAUAGCCAGCUCGUUAAUCCGGCAGAAGCGGCAGGCGAGGGAGUCCAACAGCGACCGGGUGUCGGCCUCCAAGCGCCGCUCCAGUCCCAGCAAAGACGGGCGCUCCCUGUGCGAGAGGCACGUCCUCGGGGUGUUCAGCAAAGUGCGCUUCUGCAGCGGCCGCAAGAGGCCGGUGAGGCGGAGACCAGAACCCCAGCUGAAAGGGAUUGUGACAAGGUUAUUCAGCCAGCAGGGAUAUUUCCUGCAGAUGCAUCCAGAUGGUACCAUUGACGGGACCAAGGACGAAAACAGCGACUACACCCUCUUCAAUCUAAUUCCUGUGGGACUGCGUGUGGUGGCCAUCCAAGGCGUGAAGGCCAGCCUCUAUGUGGCCAUGAAUGGGGAAGGCUAUCUUUAUAGCUCAGACGUUUUUACCCCAGAAUGCAAAUUUAAGGAGUCUGUGUUUGAAAACUACUAUGUGAUCUAUUCUUCAACCCUGUAUCGCCAGCAGGAAUCAGGCCGCGCAUGGUUUCUAGGACUUAAUAAAGAAGGUCAAAUCAUGAAGGGGAACAGAGUGAAGAAAACUAAGCCCUCAUCUCAUUUUGUACCAAAACCUAUUGAAGUGUGUAUGUACAGAGAACCAUCGCUACAUGAAAUUGGAGAAAAGCAAGGCCGUUCAAGAAAAAGCUCGGGAACACCCACCAUGAAUGGCGGCAAAGUUGUGAAUCAAGACUCCACAUAGCUGAGAACUCCUCCUGUUCUGCCCUCCCCACCCUCUCCCUUCUCCUCCCGCCCCUUCCCCAAUUUUCUCCAAUAAAUCCACCCCAACAAGAGAAAAAAAUAAUAAAACGGCAUCACAGGACUUAGUAGCUGAGA